AUGAAUUUUCUAUCCGUUAAAAUUAUUUUAAUGUCUUUUUUCAUAUGGGAAUAUUUUUAUCCCUGGAAUAUAAAAAUAUUUUUUAACAAUAUAUUAAAAAAAAAGAAGAAAUAUGAAGAUAAGAUAGGAAAACAAGUAAAACAUAUAUUGGCGGAAACAGAAUAUUCCUCAAAUACAAAUUUUUAUGUAAUUCUACCAUCUGGAUAUGAAAAUGAAGAAUUAACAAAUACAUCAUAUGAAUGA